UGGCCGGGGCGGUCGCGCGGCCUGCGUCGCGCGGAGGUUCGCUGGGCAGUGCUGUCUCAUCAGUGAGGCGGGGAAACCGGCAAGUCCCGAGUCUUGUCCAACCUGCAGCCCCCAGCCCUCCGCUACCAUGGAGUACCUCAUUGGCAUCCAGGGCCCCGACUAUGUUCUUGUCGCCUCCGACAGGGUGGCCGCUAGCAAUAUUGUCCAGAUGAAGGACGAUCAUGACAAGAUGUUUAAGAUGAGUGAAAAAAUCUUACUCCUGUGUGUUGGAGAGGCUGGAGACACUGUACAGUUUGCAGAAUAUAUUCAGAAAAAUGUACAACUUUAUAAGAUGCGAAAUGGAUAUGAGUUGUCUCCGACAGCAGCAGCUAAUUUCACACGCCGAAACCUGGCUGACUGUCUUCGGAGUCGGGUCCAGUCCUCACUCCCUUACUGCGAUGCCCUAAAAUUAUCUAUUAGCAUUCACCAUCUCUAUUUUACAGAUGUGGAGACUGAGACCCCAUAUCAUGUGAACCUCCUCCUGGCUGGCUAUGAUGAACAUGAGGGGCCAGCACUCUACUACAUGGACUACCUGGCUGCCUUGGCAAAGGCUCCUUUUGCAGCUCAUGGUUAUGGUGCCUUCCUGACUCUCAGUAUCCUGGACCGAUACUAUACACCAACUAUCUCACGUGAGAGGGCAGUGGAGCUUCUUAGAAAAUGUCUGGAGGAGCUCCAGAAGCGCUUCAUCUUGAAUCUGCCAACCUUCAGUGUUCGAAUCAUUGACAAAAAUGGCAUCCAUGACCUGGAUAACAUUUCCUUCCCUAAACGUGAACCCUAACAUCGUACCCUCCUUCCCACUUGCCAGGAAACUGUUUUUGACAGGAACCUUUAAUUUUUUCUACUCUUUGGAUGUGUACUCGUGAAAGAUGGUUAAUUCUGAAUAAAAUUAAAUAUGGGUAAAUUAA